AAACCUAAAGAUGCUGUUUCAUCAAGCACUCCGACACCGAAAGCACAAACCUCAUCAACAGGUAAGCUUUAGUAAAAAUAUGCUUAUACUACAAAAACAACACGGUAGGUUCUAGGAGCAGAGAAUAUUCCUACAACUCAGAUCACAAUGAUCGAACAUAACUUGGAUUACAUGCUUCUUGGAAAUAAUGCUAGCAAGUCAAGUCAUUUUCUUCUGACAAAUGAAAUGUGUUUUUCUUUCCAGCAAAACCUACUGAGAAAGUAACAACAGAAAAUGUUCCCACAACCCAGUCAACAAGUAAGGUCAUAAUAAACGAAAGUAUUUGCUUUAUAUGUAUAUAAUUCUUUCAAUGAUAAGUAGCCUGCGAACGGGCUCUCAGAGAAAGUAGAGCCUGCACGAAAACCCAUGCUUUGGCGUAUUUACUCUUUCUCUCAGAGGACGAGAAAUCUGAUUGGUUCAAAAUGAACAAAUGUGCUAAUUUAUGCUAAAUUCAUACAAACACGGCGGAUUAGCGGAUGUAUUAUUGAGAAGCGUUUCUUUGAGUUUUACAUUCAAAAGAGCUUAAUAUUAAAGGCCACGAUUUACGGUUGAACAUUAAAGGUAUUUACGAACUUGGUUCACGAAGCUCUAGAGAUAUUGACUGUGGUGUCUUCGUUGGAUUGCUGUCUGUUACCAGCGCCUCUUUCACAACUCACGAGCGUGUUCGUUUUCAUAAAAUUCAUCGACGACAAAUAGAUUUUUUCUUCAUGAUUUUGUAGCUAAUAAUUUUGUUCCAGGAGCGAAUUGCUAUAAAUGCUUAUGUCUUAUGAAUAGGACUUGCUCUCUCUGAAGUGAUGGCUUUAGACAACUUUAAUAUUCUCUUCUCAGCAUCGCUAGAAACUUUAACAUUUCAUACAUCACGGUUGACCGCUGUCGAAACUAUAAAUUAUAUUUGUACGUGUGCGAGAAAGCUACGAAAUAUCGUAGAUACGGACUGCAAACUACUUGUGACAACGAUAGAGAUUGCCCUAUGCCUAGCGCUAUUCCCACAGACUUCAAUUUUCUUUAGCCGCCAUCCUUAUAUUACAGUAUUUCGUUUUGACAUCUGUUUAAAGUGGGCGUAGCUCGCAGGCUAAGUGGGCGGAAAUGGCAAAGCAUGGGUUUUCGUGCAGGCUUUACUUUCUCUGAGAGCCGCUACGCAGGCUAUGACAAGAUUCGGAAGUAUCAACGAUUUUGAUGAAAUAAUAGAAAAAUGGUCAAUGAACUUUGUUAAUCCAAGAUGAUAACAAUUAUAGUUCCUCGUCACAUCCAGAGGUAAGACUACACGAUAAAAUAAUUUGCUCCUAGAUCCCAGCUCAUGCAAGGGAAUAAAAGAUAUUGGUUUGGAUUCGCAUGAUGGAGAGUAUAAUAUUUACCUGAUGUUGCCAGAAUGCAAUCAAUCUGCAAGGAUCUAUUGUGCCGACAUGCAUACUACAAAUCCCAAAGAAUAUGUCACAUUGCCAACCGGAGGGAACAAUAAUUUUGCUCUUCAUUACAACCAAACGGAGGGAUACCGAAAUGAAGAACAGUGGACACGCUUCGAAAAGGUUGUUUUCAUCGUUUAACUCUUGAUCUUUCGUAGAACGCCAAUUCGCUGCGACAGCUUGUUGCAAAGAGAGUCGACGUGCUCGUCAAAUGUCAAUCUCAUACAUAUCUAACUUUAGUCCCAGCAAACUGAAAACAUCAACUUGUUCAAUAGUAGUGUUUGUUUAAUUCAAUUUGCAAAUCCAAACUUUCCAGCUUUUCGUACAGGAAAACGGCUAGAUAAAAAACUGGACAGUUUGGAUUUGCAAAUUGAAUUAAACAACACUACUAUUGAACAAGCUGAUGUUUUCAGUUUGCUGGGACUAAAGAUAGAUAUGAGAUUGACAUUUGACGAACACGUCGACUCUCUUUGCAACAAGCUGUCGCAGCGAAUUGGCGUCCUACGAAAGAUCAAGGUUUUUCUUCCUCUCGAGCAGAGAAUUCUCUACUACAACUUAGACAGGGUUUUGCGACUGCAAAAGCGAGCUGCUAAGGUCAUAUUAGAUGCUGUCAUGCGAGCGAACAGUGCCGAACUCUUCAAAAAACUAAAUUGGUUGCCUUUCUUCUGUGAAGUCAAAAUGUAG